AUGCUCGGUGUCAAAUGGCUUUGUCUGCCAUCGAGCAACCGCCUCGAACACCCCGCGGAAACCCCCGCGGACUGGACUGCCCGACACGUCGACUCGAGCGAAGCGAGAGGAGCCACGAGGUCUGGGGCAGCGCCCCAGCCGCCGGAGGCACACCCCCUUCAAGAAUUGAAUGCUAACAGAGCAGUCGCUGUUCUCCGUGGAGAUUCUGAUGUCAAGGGAGUUGUUCACUUUGAACAAACUUCUGAGGACGAAUACGCCACUGUUUCGUGGGAAAUCACUGGUAACGAUAAGAAUGCCCUUCGUGGAUUCCACAUCCACCAAUUCGGUGACAACACCAACGGUUGUACCUCUGCUGGUCCUCACUUCAACCCCUUGAAGAAGGAGCACGGUGCUCCCGAGGACGAGAACCGUCACGUUGGUGACUUGGGUAACAUCACCACUGAUGCCAAUGGUGUUUCCAAGGGUUCUAAGAAGGACCUCCUCAUUAAGUUGUUUGGUGAGAACUCCAUUAUUGGCAGAACCGUUGUUGUUCACGCCGGUACUGAUGACCUUGGAAAGGGUGGUCACGCCGACUCUCUCACUACUGGUAACGCUGGUGGCAGAAACGCUUGUGGUGUCAUUGGUGUUUCCAACUGA